CAAAGGCCUCGGGAAUUCGGCUCCAGCCAUGGUUGUGUCCUCCUGCCUUUCCAAUGCUUCCACUUCUUUGGAAUGUAUCUAUCACUCACCUCCUGAAAUUCUCCCAGAAUCUCCAGAAAUUGCUGCUCCAUCAUUAAUCCUACCAGUCUCUCCUUCCAAUCAAGUUUGGCCGGCUCCUCUGUCAUAGGAACAUGGAGAAGUUCUGUUAAACAGGUCAUUCAGCCCAUCGAGACAAUGCCUAAAAUAUUUAAACUCUCUGAUGCAACGUCCCACACUGGGACCACAGCCCUCCAUACCCCCACCAUCCAGGUACCCAUCCAAAUUCAGCUGGCAUGAGCCACUUGUGCUGGCAUCUCAUUCCACACUCUCACAACCAUUUCAGUGAAGAGUUUUUCCACAUGUUCCUCUUAAAUUUUCACCUUCCCCAUUUACCCAUGACCUCUGGUUGUCAUCGCACCCAACCUCAGUGGAAAAAGCUGUUACGAGAAUACACAUAAAAUUAAGAUGUUUGCUGGCCUGGGCUAGCAUCAGUGGCAUCAGCAGUUGGUCUGCCACCUGCCCUCAGGGGAAGGAGAGAUAAGGAACAAUGGAGCAGCGUCUGGAGAUGUGUAAUGAAGGGACGUGGGAGAGAGAGCUGUCUGGAGCGGCUCCCCCCUUUGAACCCUGAACUGUUUGAAGUGAUGGACAGGCGAUACCCCAGCAGGGGGAUAAAAAGGGACAGGUUCGCUAAGACGGACACACACGCCACCCGAGGUAACGAGACCCUGGAAGCGGUGCGCCUCUCACGAGUGGGUGAGAAGCAUCAGACAACAACAAGGGUGGAAAGGUACGAUCAGCGGGAACCCGGUGUGUGUCCGCCCUUGCCUGGGUGCCGGGUUCACUGCAGAGGAUCGACCGCAUCUGGAGGAGGGGUCACAGUCGGUGACCUCAGGUGACAUCACCAAGGACCCGCCCAAAAGUUGCUUGUGAGCCAUUCCGCUGGUCUGUGAGUGAAGCCGUGUCUGAAUGAUCAGCUGUUCCCGUUCUCUCUCUCUCUCCCCCCACGUUGUCCAUCGCCAUGGCAACGAUUACUGCGAACUGAACUACUAACUGGACUGAACUUUGAGUCAUUUUGAAAUUGGUCAUUUACCCCGAGACAACGAUAGAGCUUGAUUGAUGCUGUUAUCUUAAUUCUGUGCACAUGUGCGUUUAUCAUCGCUGAACUGUUGCAUUUAUUAUCCUUUCGAUUAAUGUGUUGCUUGUUUCUUUAAUAAAACUUUCUUAGUUCUAGUACUCCAGACUCCAACUGAGUGAUCCAUUUCUGCUGGUUUGGCAACCCAGUUACGGGGUACGUAACAUAAGUGGGGUUCUCGUCCGCGAUUUUGAACGCUAAAUUUGGGACGGAGUAAAUUGAUUGGGUUAAAAUUCCCGAAAGAAAGAAAAGACAGACAGCAGAAAUGGAGGUUGAGGAAUUUAUAAAGGCGCCGACCUUGGAGGCAUUAGAGGAUGCCAGGAAAUCGGAAUUGAUAGCUGUGGCCAAACGGGUGAAUCUUGCCAAGGUGAAGUCGACAAUGAGGAGAGAGGAGAUACACAGAGCUAUUGUAGAGCACUAUGUAUCUAAAGGUGUGUUUCCCAAGGUGAGCUGGGGGAGGUGUCUAUUGAAAAACCUGCUGGAGACGCGGUACAGGUACAGCUUGAAAAACUGAGACUCGAGCACGAGUUCCGGGUACGGCAGUUAGAACACGAAGAGAAAGAGAGAGAGUUAGAACGGCAAGAGAGAGAGAGGGACAGACAGUUGGAGAGAGAGGAGAAACAGAGGGAAAGGGAAUUUGAGCUGGAGAAGUUAAAGAUAAGGGCCGAGCAGGGGCUCGUGCCGAACCAAGGUGGAGGGUUCCGGGCGACCCAGGAGGUUAGGCUGGUUCCCCCAUUUGACGAUACCGAUGUGGAUCGGUACUUUCUCCAUUUCGAAAAAGUGGCUAUAAGUCAGGACUGGCCGAGGGAUAAGUGGGUUGUUUUACUUCAGAGUGUACUGAAAGGGAAAGCCCAACAAGCUUACUCCGCUUUAUCCGCGGAAGAUGCCCAGAAGUAUGAGGUGGUGAAGGAGGCCAUCCUCAGGAUUUAUGAGUUGGUCCCGGAGGCAUACCGGCAGAGGUUCCGGAAUGCGAGGAAGCGGUGGGACCGCACGUAUUUGGAGUUUGCUCGUGAGAUGCAAACAUAUUGUGAGCGUUGGUGCGCCUCGAAAGGGGUAGAGGGGGAUUAUGACAGACUGCUGCAGCUGAUUCUGAUUGAGCAGUUUAAAGGUUGUGUCCCUGAGGGUAUGAGACCCUACCUCGAUGAGAAAGAGGCAGCCACGUUAGCCGCAACUGCUAAGUUAGCGGAUGAGUAUGCGUUGACGCAUAAAAUGAAAGUUGCCCCGAGUAAAGGCUACCAGAAGGGUAGUCAGGACGGCGGGGAGAGUCCGCCGGAAAAGUCAGAAAGUAAGCCGGGGACUAGUGAAAAGGAUAAGGUAGACCGGGAGCAGUCUGGUAGGAAGUCUCCUGGGGUCGUCUGUUAUAAUUGUGGGAAAGUCGGACACUUUGCGUCCAGGUGCUUUGCCCCAAGAAAGGAGACGGGGAAAGGAAAAGCGGAAAUUUUGAAUGGCUGUAUCGAGCUGUUAAGCGAACCGCUAGGGAAGGACAGGUCUGAAAAAGUCCAGGAAGGGCGCGAGAGGUUUAUCUCGGCCGGACUGGUGUCAGUGAAAAAGAGGUUAAAACCAGUUCCAGUGCGGAUCUGGAGAGACACGGGAGCGUGUCAGUCACUAAUACUGAAGAGUGUAUUAGAGUUUAGCUCAGAGACCCAGACUGGGGAGGUAGAGGUCAAAGGUGUUGGGGAAGGGACAGAGUCAGUCCCUUUGCACCAGAUACAUUUACAGAGCAACCUGGUCUCUGGACUAGUCACGAUCGGGGUGAGGUCCGAAUUACUGAUGAAAGACGUGGAAGUCUUGCUCGGUAAUGACAUCGCCGGAGGAAUCGUGUUCCCAGUCGUGAGAUUGACGGGUCAGCCUGCCAGCAUGGAGGCCCCGCCCGCGAUGGUGAAUUUGGCUGAAACAUUUCUGCCAACCUUGUAUGAGACAGGGUGUAGUGAGAUAAGAGGUAGUGAGGGAGCUGGGACGGACGUAGCAGUAGCCAGGAAAGAAGUUGUGCAGACGCAGGAGCGAGACGAGGGGCUGAUGGUUUUUGCCGAGACCGCUCUCUCUGACACAGCCUUGACAAGCUAUUGUGCGGAUGAGGAAGUGCUAAGGAAGAAAGGGAAAUCAAGUACAGCAUCCGCAGAUGAGGAGUGGGGGGUGGUGCAAAAGAGUUAUGGGGAUGAGGUUUUUAACAUGGCCCACGAGGUACCCCCCGGUGGACAUUUUGCGGUGCUGGAGGAAACAGUUGGUGGAAUCAUGAAAGAGAGUUACCGGCUGCCCAGGGGGAAAAAUGUUAUUGAUCAUGACCGACGCGAACUGAGACGGUCACCGGCUUUUGAUAUGCUAACAAACCUAGUCGGUGUUAGCGUGGAAAUCAAUGAAGCUAGGGGCCCCUUGAUAAGAGGAAAAAACCAUUUUGAAAAGAUUGGGAUGGGAUCGGUCAGAUGGGAGAAGGCUAUUGUUUUGGCCAGGUCUACUGAUAAGGUCUCUACUUAAUCCCCGAAGGAGUAAUUAAACGACUCGCACCCAUGUGUUUGAUUGUCCCGAGGAAAUGCAAAGAACUGGGACGUUGGGUGAUUGUGGUUACAAUAGGGCGGCCAAGUAAACAACACCCAUAUUUUUUGAGUAAUUCAGUGACUAAAGGGCUGAUGAACACAGAGGUGUGUAUUGGCAAUUUAAUAUGGCUGUCUGAAGCCAGUUUGAUAGUGAACCUUGGAAAAAAUGAAUUCGGCCACACGAGGGUCACUUACCUGGGAAUUGUGGUGACACAGGGGCAGGUGGCAGUGAUGCAAGCUACAGUGCAGGCUAUCGCUGACCUCCCAACCCCGACAGACAAGAGGGCCCUCAGAAGGCUCUUGGAGAUGGUGGGGUACUGCAGGAAGUUUUGCAAUAACUCUGCGGUCAAUACCCGUCCCCCUCCUACUGAGCCCUUGCGAGAGAAAAUUGAGUCGGAAUGGGACGACCCUUGUUGUUGUGGUCCGGGACAAAACCAAAUGAGAGGUUACAUUGGUCGCAAUUCAUCAGUGUUUUUGGCCACUAUGAAGUUUGCUGAGUUGGAGCCUGGUCUAAGGGAUUAUUAAUAACACGUUUAAAAGGAACAGAAAAUGUGAUGACUGUCUGUCAAGGUGUUGACAGCUUCAAAUUCUCUGUAUUAGCUAAAUAACUGUUAAAGAUGUAUAUUGUGUAUGUAUCAGAUAAUGUAGUCAUGUUUGUAAUUUUUACCUCCCGGUAAAAAUCCUUAAAGGGGGGAAGUGUUACGAGAAUACACAUAAAAUUAAGAUGUUUGCUGGCCUGGGCUAGCAUCAGUGGCAUCAGCAGUUGGUCUGCCACCUGUCCUCAGGGGAAGGAGAGAUAAGGAACAAUGGAGCAGCGUCUGGAGAUGUGUAAUGAAGGGAUGUGGGAGGGAGAGCUGUCUGGAGCGGCUCCCCCCUUUGAACUCUGAACUGUUUGAAGUGAUGGACAGGCGAUACCCCAGCAGGGGGAUAAAAAGGGACAGGUUCGCUAAGACGGACACACACGCCACCCGAGGUAACGAGACCCUGGAAGCGGUGCGCCUCUCACGAGUGGGUGAGAAGCAUCAGACAACGACAAGGGUGGAAAGGUACGAUCAGCGGGAACCCGGUGUGUGUCCGCCCUUGCCUGGGUGCCGGGUUCACUGCAGAGGAUCGACCGCAUCUGGAGGAGGGGUCACAGUCGGUGACCUCAGGUGACAUCACCAAGGACCCGCCCAAAAGUUGCUUGUGAGCCAUCCCGCUGGUCUGUGAGUGAAGCCGUUCUGAAUGAUCAGUUGUUCCUGUUCUCUCUGUCUCUCUUCCCCCACCUUGUCCAUCGCCAUGGCAACGAUUACUGCGAACUGAACUACUAACUGGACUAAACUUUGAGUCAUUUUGAAAUUGGUCAUUUACCCCUAGACAACGAUAGAGCUUGAUUGAUGCUGUUAUCUUAAUUCUGUGCACAUGUGCGUUUAUCAUCGCUGAACUGUUGCAUUUAUUAUCCUUUCGAUUAAUGUGUUGCUUGUUUCUUUAAUAAA